GUUUAAACUGGGCCUCCAAAAAACAGUGUCUGACAAGGCCUAAAAUCUCACAUGGGGCUCAGCUAGGUAUUUAUUCACUUAUUUACUCUUCACUUUGACCUCCAUUUGACAAGCCUGGGCACUGAGGAGGAAACAUGUUUCCCCUGGACUAUCUUCACCAAUGAGCAGUCAGACCAGCGUCGGGGAGGUGGCCUCUCCAUCUCGGCCCAAUCAGAGGACAUUUCUGGAUGAUGUCAUAUUAACAUUCACCUCACCAAUGGCCUGGCUGAUGGUCGUGGCUCUUAUCAUCACGUGGUCAGCAGUGGCUAUCGUUUUGUUUGAUCUGCUCGAUUAUAAAACUCUGGCAGACUACACCUCAUACUGUGACGACCCCGUGUGUUUACCUCCUGGCCUUCCUCCCCCUGCCGCCAUUGCGAAGAGAAGUAUGAGGACUAGAGGUGGAGUUCGUCCAAUAAAAUCAAGCUCUGCUGGAGUCUCACCUCAGGAGAGCACUGACUGGCUGGAGAUGAUGUGGGCAUUUGCAGCCAGUCUGGUAGCUCCUGAUGAGGAG